CACACAGCAGCAUGGCGAGCCGGGAAAGACCACAGAGUUUUCUUCACUCAUCAACAAAAACAAACUUGUCAUCAGUAGGAUUCCUGCGGGUUUUAUUUAUUACUUUCAUACACACGGCGCAAGCGAACAAACAAGCGUUCAUACGGUCAGACACGAUCCUCGAGGUGCUACACUUUGGAGAAGGAGGAAGCCUCUUACAGACAGAGUCUGACAUUGAUCUUAGUUUAUUUAACAGAAAAAGUGCAUCCCCACAUCCAGAGAACUGCAAACCUAUACUCUUCCAGCCUCCAAUGCUGGACUUCCAUGAACAGCCUGUUGGGAUGCCAAAAAUGGAAAAUGUUUACUUGAAUAAUCCCAGCUCAGAAGAAAUUAGUUUUGUUUCAAUAUCAGCGACAACAGCACAUUUCCAUGCAUCCUUUUUCCAGAAUAGGAUAAUCCCACCAGGGGGGAACACGUCAUUUGACGUCAUGUUUCUCGCCAGGGGAGUAGGGAACAUAGAAAAUACUUUAUUUAUUAAUACGUCGCAUCAUGGAGUGUUUACAUACCAGGUGUUUGGGGUGGGCAUCCCCAACCCCAUCCCCUCCAGACUACGGCCCUUCAUCGGGGCCAGAGUCCCUGUUAACGGCAGCUUCUCUCCACUCAUUAACAUCCACAACCCUCACGGUGAACCACUGCAGGAGAUCCCCCCGUUUGAGACGAAGGGGGUGAUGAGGGCUAGCUUCUCAUCGAGAGAUGCAGACAACCACACAGCCUUCAUCAGGAUCAAAACCAACGCUCCCAACGGAGACCAGUUUAUCAUACUGCCAGUGGAGGUGGAGGUCACCUCAGAGAUGCUAGACUUUGGUACGCUACGGUCACAAGAUCGCCCGAAACAAUUGAAUUUACAUCUUCUAAAUUCGGGAACAAAAGAUGUUGCAAUCACAAGUAUACGGACGACGCCAUCAAACGAAGCGGUUGCGAUACAUUUCAAAGCGAUCACGCUAAAAGCAGGAGAGAGUAGUUUUACCAAAGUUGCAAGUAUUCGUUUUGAUGCAUCAAAAGCACAAAGACCAGUUCAGUUUUCUGGUAAAAUAACAGUGAAGGUUAAAGAGAGAAACUCCCCUAAGCUUGAAGUCCCGUACCAAGCAGAUGUGCUACAAGGCUAUCUGGCCUUUGACCACACAGCCACGUUGUUCCACAUCAGAGACAGCCCAGAGGUCCCUGUGAACAGACCCAUCUUCCUAACCAACACCUUCAGCUUUGCUGUCCGCAUACACAACGUCACCCUGCCAGAUGAGGCCAAGACCAUGUUCAGCGUUCAGAACCUCAGCGCCCCCGUUCUAAUCCCUCCUCACGAGUCUCGCUACGUCUUCUCUCUCCUGUUCCGCCCCGUUCGUCCUGCCAUCCACAUCGACAGCAACAUCCUCCUCAUCACCAACGCAUCCAAGUUCCACCUGCCCAUCAGGGCCUACACAGGCUACCUAGAGCCCCUGGUCCUGUCCCCCAGUCUAAAGGAGCACCUCUUGGACUUUGGGGUCUGCAGUUCAACAGACAUCAGCAGCAUCGCUUUCAUAGUGUUCAACAGCAACCCCAUAGAGUUUGAGAUCAAGUCAUGGCUGGUGACAGGGGACAGUCUGUCCAUGGAGCUGCUGCGGACAGCGAGAGGGAACAGGACAGCAGCUCUGGGCCGCAGCAGAGAACUACACAACAUCUCUGCUUCACAGCAUAAAACU